AUGACUUCCAGCUCCAGCUGCAGGGCAUGGCAUUGCUUGCUUGCCGUCUUCCUCCUCUCCUCCACCGCGUACGGGCAGCUCUCGCGGUCGUUCUACGACACGAGCUGCCCGACGCUGCAGCGCACCGUGCGUGCCACGGUGACGAAGGCACUCCGCGCCGAGCGCCGAAUGGGCGCCUCCCUCCUCAGGCUCCACUUCCACGACUGCUUCGUUCAGGGCUGUGACGGAUCCAUUCUCUUGGAUGACGUGGCUGGUAGCUUCGUCGGCGAGAAGACGGCGUUUCCGAACGUGAAUUCGGUGCGGGGCUACGAGGUGAUCGACCAGAUCAAGAAGGACGUGGAGCUGGUCUGCCCCGGCGUCGUCUCCUGCGCCGACAUCGCCGCCCUCGCAGCACGGGACUGCACUUCUCUGCUUGGCGGCCCCAGCUGGGCGGUGCUGCUCGGCCGGCAGGACUCGACGACGGCGAGCAUGAUGGAGGCCAACAGCGACCUCCCAGCGCCCAGCUUAAACCUGGACGGGCUCAUCGCCGCGUUCGCCAAGAAGCAGCUGAGCCCGCGCGACCUCACGGCGCUCUCCGGCGCGCACACCGUCGGCUUCUCGCAGUGCCAGAACUUCCGUGGCCACAUCUACAACGACACCGACAUCGACCCGGCGUUCGCCACGCUGCGCCAGCGCACCUGCCCCGCGACGGCCCCCGCCGGCGACACCAACCUGGCGCCGUUCGACGUGCAGACGCCGCUCGUCUUCGACAACGCCUACUACCGCAACCUGGUCGCCAGGCGUGGCUUGCUGCACUCGGACCAGGAGCUCUUCAACGGCGCCUCCCAGGACGCGCUGGUGAGCCAGUACGCCGCCAACCGGGCGCUCUUCGUGGCCGACUUCGCGACGGCGAUGAUCAAGAUGGGGAACCUCGCCCCGCCCACCGGAGCCGUCACCCAGAUCAGGCGCAACUGCAGGGUCGUCAACAGCUGA